AUGUCUGGCAGCCUUUCCUGGGACCACCAGUUCUGCUUGGCCUGUGACAGGCAAACAGAUGGUGCCACUUACUGCUCCGAGUCUUGCAGGCUAUCCGACUUUGACAAGUCGUCUUCGCCCUUCAGCACUCCCGCGAGCUCACCUGGUCUGGAAACACCUGCAUACUCAUGGACAAGCUCGAGGCCUCAGACCAAGUUCUACUUGUCUCCGGCAUACGACUUUAGCCAGGCUCAGCCUUACGGCUCGACACCCCAAGCACAAUCAUACCUGCACCGACACUCGAUCUCUUCAACGAGUGGCCAGCUCACGCCUUCGAGUUCCUACAGCAGCCUGAGCUCUCUGCAAAGUGCUACUGCUACUGCCACGCCGGCAGGCAAUGACGGCAAGCACGUAUCAGAGAAGGCAAGGAAGCAGCUGAGGGACUACGCAAGUUCCUUUGAGCAGGCUCGGCUCCAGCGUCGACGAUCCUGCUAA